CCCCGAGCUGCUACUGUACCUUCACUCAGCAAGCGAAGAUGACAUCGUUCACAGUUGCUGUUGCAGUGCUUCUGCUGGUGUUCCAUUCGGUGUUCGUCUCUACGCAGACGACCGCAAAUUCAUCGACAGGGACAACAGUCAACCAGAUUUUCUGUUCUGGACAACAGAACAAUACCCAAGACCCAACCCCCGUUACCUCGGAAAAUUUAGUGGCGAGCGACGGACAGUGCCCUUACCCAUACACGUCAGUGGGUACUGAUUGCUUGAUGCUAAGCAAAGUCACCAGGACGUGGAACAACUCACGCCGAUACUGUCAGGGCAUCAACGGAGACCUGGCGACCACCAGAAAGGUUUACUAUAUGCAGAAUUUCCUCAUCGAUGAGGGAGCGCAAGGUGAAGUCUGGAUCGGCGGGAAGAAAAUAAACCAAACUUUUCAAUGGAUCGACACAGAGACAGAUAUAAAUACUACUAGUUUUGUGGCAACUUUACCUCAUCUUCGUGGAGACAACAACUGUGUGUACGUGAACAAGGCCAACAAUCCUCCUCUUGCAAAUUUCGCGUGUUCUAAACUUAGCUUGUUUAUGUGUCAGUUUACCUCCUAAGUCCUAUGAGAACGAUAGUUUUCUGGUGGAGACUAAGAUCGUCGAAAAAGCUCCGUUGUCAUCAGGAGCUAUGCAGUGUUUCAAAAGUAUCAACAGAGGAAUGAUGGGAAGUUUUCUCGGAGUAAGGUAGCGUGGUGACGCCAGUCAGUUCCUUUCAGAUAUGAGAGGCACCAUUUGCUACUCAGGCAUCCCGUCCCCUCUCCACCUCUUCACAUUUGGGGUAGGGCAGAGAGGACCUUCUACCCCAAAUGGGAAGAGGUGGUGAGGGGACAGGAUACCUUCAAAUCUGUGAAUAGUUGGCUGGUGUCACCACACUACUCUGAAAAU